UGUCUCCCCUGCGAAGUCAGCUGAACCGCAAGUCAUGAUCCUUCCCCGUCCUCUGAUCGUUGUUUUGGCCUUAAUGGCAAUGGUUUACUCGGCGAAGGCCGGUGGAGGAGGAUACGGAAGCAGAGGAGGUGGUGGAGGAGGUGGCUUUGGUAAUGCCGGAGGAUUUAGUGGCGGUGGAGGAGGGUUUGCUGGACACGGUGGAUCUGGUGGAUUUAGCGGAGGAGCUGGAGGAGUAGGUGGAGGAGCCCAAGGAUUUACCGGAGGAAGCGGUGGGUAUGGUGGCGGGCGAGGUGGAGGCAGCGUCGUCCGCGCGCGCUUGGUCGGCGUUGGCGUUCUUCCUAGCGUCGGCGGUGGCGGCUCAGGCUUUGGAGGCGGCAGCGUGGGUGGCAGCGGCGGUUUUGGCCAGGGCGGAGGACGAGGACGAGGAAGUGGCGGAGGAAGCUACGGAUGGCCGAUGGAGGCGGUAACGGUAGCAGAGGAGGCGGUGGAGGAGGUGGCUUGGGUAAUGCCGGUAGAUUUAGCGAUGGUGGAGGAGGAUUUGCUGGACACGGUGGAGCUGGUGGAGUUGGUAGAAGUACUAGAUGAUUUAGCGGAGGAAACGGUGGAUAUGGCGGCGGACUUGAUUAUCUUAAGCCAUACUGGCGUGAAAGACAAACUUGACAAGAUAAUGGCUCUGACAUCUUCAGUUGUCCACAAGUCGAAUAGUACUACAUAUCGCCUGUGUUCUCUCCUGAGCCAAGUAACAGUCAUGAAGUUUUACAGAUCACUGAUCACAGUGGUGGCACUUGCGGCCAUGGUUUGCAUGGCAGCAGCCGGCGGUGGAUAUGGAGGUGGAGUCGGAAGUGGAUUUUCAGGCAGUGGAUUUAGCCAUGGUGGAAGUGGCGGAUUCGGUGGUGCCACAGGAUUUAGUGGAAGCGGUGGAUUCAGCGGCGGUGGAUUUAGCGGAGGAAGUGGCGGGUAUGGUGGAGGACGAGGUGGAGGUAGCGUCGUCCGCGCGCGCUUGGUCGGCGUUGGCGUUCUUCCUAGCGUCGGCGGCGGCUCGGGCUUCGGGGGCGGUUUCGGCCAAGGCGGAAGACGAGGAUCCUUCGGCGGAGGACGAGGAUCCUUCGGCGGAGGACAAGGAUCCUUCGGCGGAGGAAGCUACGGAUGGUAAUCAUCAUACUCAAAGAACCUUUGGUUUGAAGCAUAGAAACAUAUCUUCUGUUUCUAAA